AUGCUUUUUGCCUUCGAGGAGCUCCAGCGGGGCCUGGACUCAUCGCUUCCCUUCUCCCCAGAUCUCCUCCGGGCUCGGCAGGAGGUGGCGGCGGCUGCGCGGAACCCGGGAGCGAUGGAAGCUCACAUCCCCACUGCUGGCAAUUCGUCCUCGCAGCGCAGGAAGCAGGCUCCCCAGCACAGGGACAGCCACUUCCCCGACAGGGAAAUAACCCACCCACCGCCUCUGCUCUCACCCCAGAACGCUCCCCAUAUUGCCCUGGGGCCCCACUUGCGACCUCCUUUCCUUGGGGUGCCUUCAGCCCUGUGCCAGACACCAGGUUACGGGUUCCUGCAGCCGGCACAAGCAGAGAUGUUUGCACGGCAGCAAGAGAUGCUACGAAAGCAAAACCUGGCAAGGUUGGAGAUGUCAGCUGAGAUCAUCCGCCAGAAGGAGCUGGAGAACCUUCACCGGCAACGACUGCUGGCUGGGGACCCUCUAAGCCUGCACCCCGGCUUGCCCCCGGACCACCCCGCCCUGCGCAACGUGCACGACAUCCCCGAGGGUCACCCGCUGCGGGACGAGCUGUCCCGGCGCAACGCCAUGCUGGUGCUGCGGCACAACAACGCACCCCUGCUGUCCCUCAACCCCAGCAUCCCCAGCAGCUCCACGCCGCCCAAGGAACAGCCGCGGCGGGGCAGCCGGAAGGCGGCACAUCACCGUGCCGAGCCGCAGGGAAGCAGCGAGGCCAAGGAAGCGGCGGAGCCGCGGGCGCGGGAUGGAGCGCAGGACUGUAAUGAUGAGGAGAUGAAGGACUCGGAAAGCGAUGCCGACGUCAGCGAUGAGAAACCGGAGAGCUUGAAGGCAGAGAGCGGCGGCUCAGCCACGGAGCUGAAGGAGUGCAAAGAGUCGGGGAAGGGAUGCGAGGGGGGCAAGGAGCUGGGCGAAGGGACCGGCAGCCAGAAUGCGCCCUGCAGCUCCUCCAGCGCUGAGUCUCCCAGCCACCUGCUUGGUGCUGGCAUCAACAAGAGCGAGGUGAAGUACCUGCCGCCGGCCUCCAUCCCGCCGCCUCAGCCGCUGCCUUUCGGCUUCCCCUACACCAUGAGCCCCUACUUCCAUGCAGGCACUAUGGGAGGUCUCUUCCUGGAUGGCGAUGAGAGCCCAGCACUGGAGGACAUCAGCAAAUGGACAGUGGAGGACGUGUGCAGCUUCGUGUCCAACCUGGCGGGCUGCACUGAGUACACUCAGGUAUUCCGUGAGCAGGCCAUUGAUGGUGAGACCCUGCCCUUGCUGACAGAAGAGCACCUGCUGAACAACAUGGGGCUGAAGCUGGGGCCAGCACUGAAGAUACGCUCACAGGUCGCCAAGCGAGUGGGCAGGGUGCUCUACAUGGCUGGAUUCCCCAUGGCUUUCCCCCUGCAGCCCCCAGGGCUCAGGCCACCAGAGAGGGACCUUCCCCCAGCUGAGCUGCGGCCCUCAUCCACGGGCAGUGUGUCCUCCCCAUUCAGCAGUGCUCUGCCCUCCGCCAGCCGUAUCUCCCCGAAGCAGGAGAAUGGGAACCCCUCCAUUGGGGCUGGGCUCAGCGACACCACCAAACCACCAUCCUAACAGCUCCCAGCUGCUCCUGGAACUGAGGAUGGGUCGAACAAAUGGAAGGUUUUUGGGGGAGCAGGAGAGCCUCCCUCGGCAGCGUGAGACGGAGGAGCGAGGAAGGAGGGUUUGAUUUGUUACUAUUAUUUUUUGGGAUGCGUUUUGCU